GUUUUAAAGAAAAAGAAAAUUAUAAUUCUAUACGAAAAUAUAAUAAAUAUAAUAUAUUUUAUAGAAAUGCUUUUGUGAUUUAGAGGCUAUAAAUAACAACUACUUUUGUGUUACUACGUUAUUGAAGACAAGAGUCAAUAAUUAUUAAUAACGAUGGCUGAAAAGUCUGGAUGUGGUGAAUUACAGCAAUUAGUUCAAGAAGAAGAAUGUGAAGAACCAUUAAGUCAACGUGGAGAAGCUACACCACCUUCGACACCAGCAAGAUCUCAUCAUCCAAGUAAAAAUGAUACACAUAGUUCUCAUAUAUCGCAACAAGUAUUGUGGGAAACUAAUGUACAAACAUCACCAAUUGUUAGUAAAGGAAGUUCUGGUCAAGCAACAAGUCAAGGAUCUAUGGUUUCUGGACGUGCUAUAAAUACUUCAAAUCAUGGUAAUCAAUCUCGUUUAAUGUACAUGAAUGAGAAAGAAAAACAAAGACCAAAUCGACCAGAACUAUCAAAAAUUAAUCGUCAGCAUAGAGCUACGGCACCAUGCAAACAUCAUUGCUUUUUGUCAGAGGUUCCUGAUGUACGGCGUAUGGAACAAGCUUUGUUACAACUCUUAGAAGAUUUUCAUAGUGGUAAUUUACGAGCAUUUGGAAAAGAUUGUAGCAUGGAACAAAUGACAGAAAUAAGAGAACAACAAGAGCAAUUAGCUAAACUUCAUUUUGAGUUAGGUCAAAGGCAAGGAAUUGGUGGAGAACAAUCAGGUCUUCGGCAUUCAAAUGCUAAUAUGGAUAAUUUGUUGGAAUGUCUUCAAGAGCUCAGUGUUUGUAUUGAAAAAUUACAUAGCAAGUAAUUAUAAAAUAUUUAUGAUGUAUAUAUACAUAUGUAUAUAUAUAAACUUCACUUAUUUAAACAAGAUAUUUGAAUAGAGAAAUAGGCAUCGAUUAAUGUAAAACAGAAUGAAAUAAUGAAAAUGUAAGUUUUUU